CCACACUUCCUCUUUCACUUUCACCCCGCCGGCUUAUAAAGGGCACACACACACUCUCCACACUCUACACACACUCUACACUCUACACUCACUCACUCAGAGACACACUCUACACUCACUCAGAGACACACUCUACACUCUACACUCACUCACACACUCCACACACACUCACUCACUCAGAGACAACUGAGGCUGUGCAGCGGUUCCUUAUCUCUGAACUUUGACCUGUGGAGUCCUGAGUCCACGGAGAGAAGAACAAGAGAAUAUUUCGGCGUUGUUUUCAGACGCUCUCCUGUGCGCUCAGGGUCGGAGGUCAGAGGUCAUCGUUCCUCCCGCCUGACGCUGUGAUGGCGCUCGGCGGCGUGUGCGUGGCGCUGACGCUCCUCGUGUGUGUUCUCGGAGGCCAGACGCUGGACCUGCCGAGGCGGCCCGCAGCAUCAGAGGACCCCCCCUCCUCCUCCUCAGACCCCCCCUCCACCCCCUCAGUGGGUUGUUGGUGUGCCAGCUACCCCAACGUGACCCUCUGCUCCUGGCCUGAAGCCGCCGGAUCCCCCCCGACGCGCUACGUCGCCACCUACAGUGAGAGGCGCAGGCAGCUGGUCACCAAGCCGUGCCGACUCAUCCGACCCGGCUCAGCAUCCUCGGACUUGACUCCAGCUCCAACGGCCUCAUCUCAGCGGGUACCAGAGUGCCAGCUGCCCGACCUGAAGCUGCUCACUGAUUACGUCAUUAACGUCACGGCCGUGUCGGCGGCCGGAAGCAGCUCGCGCCUCUCCAGCUUCAUGCUGGAGGACAUCGUGAAGCCGGACCCCCCCGUGGAGGUCCGGGUCUCCCCCCCCGGAACCAGGGGCCUGCUGGUGGAGUGGUCUCCUCCCCCGACCUGGACCAACCUGGACAUCUUCCCCCUGAAGUACCAGAUCCGGUACCGGUGGGAGAUCCGUGGCAGCCAGAAGUCUGCCACCCUGGGUCCGUUUGAGAGCACCCGGGUGGAGCUGAAGGGCCUGGCCUCCGGGAGGACCUACCGGCUCCAGGUGUGCGCCCAGGACCUGCUGGGGCUGGGCGCCUGCAGCAACUGGAGCUCGCCUGUGGACCACGUGGUCCCGAGAGCCACGCCCUGGAGGCGCUCGGCUGCUCUCUGAACACCAGGACCCCCUGCAGGCCGCUUCUGGAACAGCACGAGCCGAUGCAUUUAUUUAUUUGUAAAGGAGAACAAUGUUUAUUAUAUAUUUAUUGGAUUGUUGCAAACUGUAAGUUUCUGUGGAAAACAGUGAAUAAAUGUCUUUAAAAAAAGAA